AUGGACUCUACUACUCUCGUUACUUUUCUCUAUAAAUCAAGACCGGAUGUUCGCUCAGUCGAACUCUUCGGCUCCUGGGACAACUUCUCAACGCCGUAUCGUAUGCAAUGCGAUGGACACAGAGGUCGUGGUGUCUGGACUGGAUGUCACUCAUUCGCCAACAUCAUCUGCGAUGGCGAACGCAUCAACUCCCUGAGGACUAGAAAUGGUGCCUUGAAACAAGGCGGAACAUACUGGUACUACUACAAGCUUGACGACGACGAAGAAGUCUGCGAUCCUACCACAUCGACAACAUAUGCUUGCCCAUUAUUACCUGGUCAAAUGGUCAACAUUCUGGAUGUUCCAAUCGAAGUCAUCGAGGCCCCUCAAAGAGUCUGCAGCGCCUCGGCCGACCAACCAACCACAAUUGAAAUUCCUAUGACCACCAACCCCGAAGACAGAUACAAGAAGAUUUACAGCAAGCCGCCGACCAAACUUCCCCGCUUCUACUGCUCUAGUGACGCAUUGCGGGAAAGAUUUGCGGCAGACAGCAGACUUCCAAGAGACCUGAGAUCAAGAGACAGACCCGUUUCUCGUGGCUUGCGUUCAAUCAAGCGUGUUCGUCGUGAUGAGCCUGAAUAUCAGAGACCUGGUGCCUGUCAGAUUGAUGUUUCUCCCGAGGACAUCUCGAUGCUUGCCAACAUUCCCGAUCUGGACCAGAACAUCAACGACUUGCCCGAACUUCGUCCUUUUACUCCUUGUCCCAUCUCGUCUCCUAACGAGCGUCCAGUGACCCGAGGAGGACUACUCAACGACUUCACAAAAGGUUUGGGCUUCUCUUUCUUCGGCUCGCUCAGACAACCGAAGAAGAACACACACCGUCUCAGCGAGGAUGUCACCAUGGAGUUCGAAAACUCACCAGGACAAAUCCCUCAAUACGAUGGCACCUUCGACGAACCUCAAAUCUCUCAAUGGCCUCUCAGCCCUCCCAUGUCCGAACUCGCCGAUGAAGAAAGCUGGCCUUUACCACCAUCAAACACCUUCAGACCCACCUCAUCUCACACACCUCUUCACGGCCCUUCAACUCCAACCUCUGCAAUCCCGAUCUUGAGCCUCAACAACCAGUCGCAAACCAGAAGUCACUUUUCACAACCCCUGACAUCACCAGCAUUCUCCUCAUCACUCACAUCAGAAGAUGACUAUCAUCCCGGUUUCGGUCCUAGCAAGAGCAUCCCUGGUAGCUUUGACAUGGCUUCCCCCACCUUCACAGCCGACACCCUCGAAUCAUCAUCCGGUCUCACAACACCCGACCGCUUCCGUCUAAGUCUCGACCCCACCACCUUAUCCUCCACAGCAAAUCCAGAAAUCACAACUUCAAAUUUCAACACUGGUCUCGAAGAUCUAAGCCACCGUCUUUCCGCCCUAUACACUUCCCCCUCAUCAUCCACCUACGACGAUUUCAGCGACAUCGAUUCCGAAUACGAGGAAGCAGAAGCAAAGCAAAUCGACUUCUUGUCAUUCUUGCCACAGCGGGCUGCACCGUUGUACAUGCAAAAUGUGCAAGCUCGCAGAAGCAAGAGCAGUGGUAAUGAUUAUGAGAAAUCUAAUUCUUCUUGUUUGACAUUGAAACCGGUGAAGACGGCGGAAAGACCUCUUUCGUUGUUUUUGCCUGGUACGGGUGGAGAAUGGGAGGCGGAAGAUGGAUUCAGUUCUGAUGUUUUGGGGGCUUUGGGGAUGGUUUGA